AUGGCCAUUGCUCGUUCACCAACGUAUAAUUACCAAGACUAUGUCCCAGUGGAUGAUAUCGCAUGCCCCAUUUGCGACUUUCCUUGUCCUUCUCUUCAAACUCUCAAUACUCAUCUAGACACAGCCCACACCGAAGAAGAUUCCAAGGGAGCAUUACUGUCAUGGUUCCGCACAGCACAACAGAAAGUUCAGACGACGUUGACUCCCCGCUCACCACCUUCUUCCUCGUCGUCUUCACCAGGAGGGGGUGGAAGUAGUGUCGAACGAUCUUUGAAACAACUCUUCGAUCCCUCACUCAUGAACAGCUUCAGCAACUUGAAUCUCGGCAACGGCAACCCUGUUUACUUUGCUUCCGAUGCCGAACGACAGCAAACAGACCUGUAUGUCACAAGAGACCACUGGCAACGAGAGGGCCCAAACGACAUAUGCAGCUUAUCGGGUUGUGGACGUUCGCUUGGUAGACUCAGCAAGCAACAUUGUCGACAGUGUGGCAAACUCUUUUGCGAUCCACAUACACAAUAUGAGAUGAAGCUCGAUCGAAUGGCUAGGCACGAUCCCGUAAACGGCGUAUGGUGUCGUGUGUGUGCUGCAUGUUUUGCUUCAAGAACUGGAUACAUUGAUCAUCAUGGUGCAACGAGGAAUUUGACUGCGACAUUCAUCAAGAGACGAGAGAAGGCUAUUGAUCGUGUACAUCUCGAGAGUAAUAGGUUGGAGAAGAGAUUGGAAAAGCUCGCUCGAAUUCAUCAUGCCGCUGAUACCGGAGCCAAAAUAGAACGCGCUAGCCCAAGUCCAUCCCUUGCAAGCUUAUCAUUGGAUCGAUCGGAUUCAACAUCGGAUAGCAGUCUUGGUAGCAGUGUCAUGUCACCACGCGCAGGAUUUGUGUCGAGUGGGAAUAGUAUCCUAAGUAUGAAGUUGAAGUAUCGAGAUGGCGAGCAAACCGUGACAAAGUGGGAAGAUGACAAGUCCGUGAUACAAUGUCCUUUAUGCUCGUGUGCUUUUACAAUCACGAAUCGCAAGCAUCAUUGUCGUCUUUGUGGUCGUAUUGUAUGUGGAAAUGCUCGUUGUUCGAAAAUGAUACCCCUAUUCUUGAACAUGUCAUCAGAGGGCUUUGAUCAAGAACCAGUUGGAGAUACCAGAGCAUGUCGUGAAUGCCAGCGACUUGUCUUUAGACGAAAGCUUAGAUACGAAGAAGCCAUGAAUCCUGCACCCAUUGUACAGCUAUAUAAUCAACUCGUCAUCACACGACAAAAUAUCGAGAAGCAGUUACCCCUCUUUCAUGAUAUCAUUGUACUAUUAGAUAAGGAAAAGAUCUCAAAGCAAUCCAAAGAGACGUUUCAACGAGCUGGAAAGAUUCGCAAAUCCCUACUCGACAACUUUGCACUAUUUGACGCGUUGGCCAAAAGGAUCAAGACGCUUCCAGCGAGCUCAUCGGCUUUUCGUCGUCUUCAAAGCAAUGUUUGUACAGCAGCCAAUAUGUACUUGCAGCAAAACAUGUUACCCCUUCAAAUGUUACCGAGAAUCCUCAAACCAGCAGAGAAAAGGAAUGGAUCGAAAAGGAUCAAUGGAUCGGCAUCGUCGUCAAGGGUACAGGAAUUACAGCUGCAGCUGCAGGCAUUUCAGGAACAGCAAAUGCUGGUGGAAGGAUAUAUCAAGGAAGCACAGCAAGCUCGCAAAUUUGAUGAUGUGAAGCUGUUGAAACAAAGCCUUGAUGAGCUGGCAGUAGAAACAACGCGACUACAAGCUGAUUUAGCUGCCGAAUUAUAG